AUGGCUUCAAGUUCAGAAAAAACCCCUCUUUUAGGUAUUGUGUUUAUCUCAGUCGAUUCCAAGCAAUCCCUUUUGAGAUUCGAUUGUUUACAAGCGUUUCUUGUUUCCGUAGAUGAGAAAAACGAUUCCAAGGAGGAGAUUAAGAGUACUAAACCGGAAUCUGGCUCAGGUGGUUCACCGUCACCUUCUCCGGCUGAUUUUGGACUUGACUUCAAUGCUUUCGAUUUCUCAGGCAUGGCCGGUAUUCUCAAUGAUCCAAGUAUCAAGGAAUUGGCUGAGCAAAUAGCUAAAGAUCCUGCAUUUAACCAGUUAGCUGAGCAGCUUCAGGGAUCUGUUCCGACCGGUCCUAAUGAAGGAGGUGGUCUCCCUAACUUUGACCCACAACAGUAUAUGGACACAAUGACUCAGGUUAUGCAUAACCCUGAAUUUAGGACAAUGGCAGAGCGACUUGGUAACGCCUUGGUGCAGGAUCCACAAAUGUCUCCGUUUCUGGAAGCUCUCGGGAACCCUGGAGCGACAGAGCAAUUUGCUGAGCGUAUGGCUCAAAUGAAAGAAGAUCCGGAAUUGAAACCUAUAUUAGCUGAGAUAGAUGCUGGUGGUCCCUCUGCUAUGAUGAAGUACUGGAAUGAUAAAGAUGUGUUGAAAAAGCUUGGUGAAGCAAUGGGUAUAGCUGUUGGAGCUGAUGAAGGUGUUCCUGCUGAACCUGAGGAGGCGGAAGAAGGGGAAGAGGAAGAGUCUAUUGUUCACCAGACCGCUAGUCUCGGUGAUGUGGAGGGUUUGAAAACUGCCUUGGCCUCUGGUGGUAACAAAGAUGAAGAAGAUUCCGAGGGAAGGACAGCAUUGCAUUUUGCAUGUGGAUAUGGCGAGAUGAAAUGUGCUCAAGUUCUUCUGGAUGCUGGAGCAAAUGUGAAUGCGGUUGACAAAAACAUGAACACUCCAUUGCAUUAUGCUGCUGGUUAUGGAAGGAAAGAGUGUGUAAGCCUUCUCCUAGAGAAUGGUGCUGCAGUCACUCUGCAAAACAUGGAUAGUAAAACUCCAAUUGAUGUGGCCAAGCUUAAUAACCAGCUUGAUGUGGUGAAGCUACUUGAGAAGGACGCUUUCCUCUGA